AUGCUCUCUUCUGUCAUGCCGAUGUGCUCGGAGUUCGUGCAAGACAUCUCCAGCUGGCGCCGUCGAAAGGCCGGCUUGCUCUCUCUGUUUCUCAUCGGCGAGGGGUCUGGCGAGGACCUCGCGGGCAGCGGGAUCCUCCCAGAAAUCGUUCUGGGACCGGUUCUGGCGGGGAUGCAGGACGAACAUCCCCGGGUGCGGAACGCGGCGCUGUCUUGCGCGGAGCACAUCUUGGAGUACCCCGCCCCAGAUGAAGGGUCGUUCCAGGAGGCGUUUCGCGGCGAGCUCUUGCCCGUCCUGGUGGAAAGCUUGGGCGGCCCCAACGCGAACAUGCCGCGCCUCCAGGCCGCCGCGGCCAGCGCGAUCACAACCUUCUGUGACCCGGAGAGGCUGCGCGCAGAGUGGCUGGACGAACCCGCCGGCCCCCCCGGCAGCAGGCUUGGCCAGGAGGCCGUCGGGCUCGUGCUGCUGCGGUCGCUGGAGGGGCUCGUGCCUCCUUCUGGGUCGUCGUGUGUUGCGGUCAGGGAGGAGGCGUGGGCGGCGUUGGGGGUAGUCUGCCAGGUAUUGGGUCCCGAGUUCGGGUCCUUCUACGGCACCUUCGUGCCGCUUGCCAAGGAGAUUAUCUUCGCCGGGGCCACUCCAACGGGACCGGCGGCAGCUGCGGCGGCGACGCCGUCGGAGGAUAUGGAUGCUGUGCGCGGCAAGGCGGUGGAGGCGAUAGCGCUGAUGGGGCAGGCAGUCGGUCUGGAUUUGUUCCGGGAAGACGCGCACCAGGUGAUCCGGCUCCUCCUGAACGAGCAGAAGAAGACGGUCGAAAGGGACCCAGCCAAUCCUCAGUCCACGUACACCUUCCAGGCGCUCGCGCGGAUGGCCGGCGUCCUCGGCGAAGAAUUCCUCCCGUACCUCUCCGAGGCGGUAACCCCGCUCCUCGCGGCCCUCUCCACGGCGGCUGAAAUGAAGCUGUCCGACGCCCCCGACGCUGACGCGGCCACCCUAGAGUUCGAAGACGCGGGCCUGACCGCCAUGACGAUGGACCUCCGGGGCGCUGGGCCGCAGGUGUUCGGGGUCAACAACUCCCUCAUGCAGGCCAAGGAAUCGGCGUGCAAGGCCCUCUACCAGUACACGGAGGACCUGGGCGAGGGGUUCGCGCCCCACGCGGCGGCGACCAUGUCCGUCGUCCUGCCCAACCUGGGACCCCAAAAUCCGGUUGCGGUGCAAGUCGUUAGCGCCGCACUCGUGCCGAGGCUGGUGGGGCUUGCCGCCCGCCGCGCGGAAGCUGCGACGGCUGCAGGCGGAGGCGGAGGCGGCGGUGCCGUUGAGUGGGCAUGCGAGGCGCAGGCCAUGCUCGACGCUUCGGUAGACGCGCUGACGGAGAUGGUGUCGAGGCUCGGCGGCGAAAGCGGCGGCGGUGGCGGCGGCGGCGGCCUCGGCGGUGGGAGCGCGCAGCAGGAGGAGCUGUUCGAAAAGGGGGACCAGGAGCCCGCCUGCGUGGUGGCCGACUCGCUCUCGAACCUGCUCGAGGGACGCUGCAGCGACGGCGGCGACGGAGCGGCGGGAGUCUUGAGAGUCUCGGACGAGAGACUGUUGAGCACGGUAACCGUGCUGAGAGAUGUAGCGGCGGCCUCGAUCCGGCGAACAAGGUCGCUGUUAGCGGCGACGGCGGCAGCGGCGGCGGUGUCGGCCGGGGGGCUGGGGGGAGUGACCGGUGCCGAGGAGGCCGCGGAACUCGCGGAGCUCGAGGAGGGGGAGGAGGAGAUGCUCGUUUCCGUGGCGGACGCGACCGGGUGGAUGAUUAGGGGGAGGAAGGCGGCGUUCCUGCCGACGUUCGAGGCGGUCCUGAGGCCACUCGUGCUCCCGCUCCUGGACUCUACCGCGGCCGCCGCUGCCGCGCUUCCCUCGUCACACCGCUCGUUCGCGCUGAGCAUAGCGAUCGACGUGCUGGAGCUCGCCGGGGAGGGAGGGCGGAGAGCCGUGUUUCCGGAGCCGCUGCUGCCGGCGCUGCUGCAGGGGUGCCGGGAGGACGAGCUGGCGGCAUCGGCGAGACAAGUGUGCGCGUACGGGCUGGGGGUGGCAGCGGACUUCGGAGGCCCAGAGUUCGAUCCUCACAGCGCGGAGGCCCUACGGCUCCUCCUUGCCCUCGUCGCCCAGGGUCGAGGGGGCAGCACCGCCGGCCCAGCCCAAGAAGAAGACGAAGAAGAAGACGACGAAGGCGACGAAGACGGCGAAGACGACGAAGAAAACGAAGACGACGAAGACGACGACCGGUGGGAGAACGGCGCGCUGACAGACAACGCCAUCUCCGCGGCCUUCCGGGUGCUGUUCGCCCGCCCGGGCCCCGUGGACGCCGCCUUCGCCGCCGUGCCCAUGUCCGGGUUCGUGGGCUCCCUCCUGGACGCGCUGCCGAUCGUCGUGGAUGUGGAGGAGGCACACGUGUGCCACCGGAGGGUCGUGGACCACGCUCUCAGCCGCCACGAACUGUUUUUCGGCGGCGGCGUUGGGGGGGGUGAUUCUAGCGGAGCGGCCGUCUAUGCGGCGGUGGUGGUGCCGAAGCUCAUGGCCGCCUUGGCUGGGAUGGUGCGGUACCAGCCGAGCCCGGAAGAGGGAACUGCCGCGGCAGCGGCGGCGGCAGGGGGUGGCUUGCUCCCGUCUUACGGUCGUAGCGGUGGUGGCUACGGCGCAGGAGACCCCGAGGAGGAGCUGUGGGCGCGGCAGCUCGUAGACAAGGAGACCCGACAGAAGGCGGAGGAGGUGCUGGUGCGGAUCGAAGGCGAGUACCCCAAGGUUUUCGAGGAGGCGUGGGCGGGGCUCGGGGAGGAGAGUCGGCGAGCGCUGCAGACGACAACGGCGGAGAUUUGCGCCCGGUGA